GCGCCCUCAUCGAUAGUUCAUUAAUGGGUUCCGUAUUUUGUCAUCCACCAAAUCUACGUUUUUCCACUUUCGGGGGCCAGGUUCAAGGAUAAUAUUCGUAUUAUUAGGAAUUCUACAGCGAAGGUGCAGAUUAUGGAUAUAUUUUGAGGCUCUUCGCAGUGACAUUCUGUACAUGUGUCUUCAUGUGGACGACACCCUUUUUUCUAUAUUCAGAAGAUCUGGUUGGAGUCUUACAAACCAAACCACUAUCAUAGUUAACAGAGCGCAUCAAAGAUUCAUUUCAGAGAUUGAGCAAGCCAUCCUUCUUUGUGGUUUGCUGUGUGUCGGAGUUGAAGAGGGGGUUCUCCAGCUUUAGGACAUGACUGCAGUAGAGUUUUGCGGCCUAUACAGAAUGUCUUCUUGUGAUAGUGAUAGUGAGGAUAGGAGAGAGAAGGGGUCGGGAGAGGAGGUCAGACUUAAUGUUUAUGAUAUGUAUUGGACCAAUGAAUAUACAACAACAUUAGGAUUAGGAGUUUAUCAUACUGGCAUUCAAGUUUAUGGAAAAGAGUAUGCAUAUGGAGGACAUCCGUUCCCAUUCACUGGAAUAUUUGAAAUAGAGCCCAGAGAUGUUUCAGAUUUAGGAGAACAAUUUAGUUUUAAGGAGACGAUAGUUCUAGGUCAGACCGACCUCACAGAGGAAGAUGUUGUUAAAGUUGUUGACUGCCUUGGUAAGAAGUAUCCCGGUGAGGCAUACCAUCUCAUACACAAGAACUGCAAUCACUUCACCCAGGAAUUAGUACAAAUACUCUGUGGCAAGGAAAUACCAUCAUGGAUUAACCGGUUAGCUGCUGUAGGAGCACGCCUGCCUUUCAUGGAGCGGAUGCUACCCAAGGAGUGGCUUACCCCUCUAGCCCUAGUGGAGAACAACUCUGUCAAAGAACCUGAACCCUCAAGAACACCUAGUGACUCAGAAACAGGGAGCAAAUCAUCGCUGUUAUGACCACCCUGAAUCCUCCUUGGGGAAGGGUUUUUACACUAGAGUGCCACAGGGAUGCCAUGUGUGCUUGCUUUUAUCGUGACUUGAGGAGAGGUAACAGAUACGGAGGGAGUUUCUCGGGAGCAGUUAGCCACCGAGCCAUCGUUCCCCUUGUUUGGCAGAUAGUACCUCUCCAUUUAUUUGAUUGUAACAUCAGUAAACAGAGUGUGUGCACUUUGCGGAUGGUGUCCAGAUCCAGGCUCGCAUCGAAACCCAAACAUACAUUUACUCUAUUCUGGGGUGUAAAAGAUAUAAUAUUUCCAAUUAUUAUUGUUAUAAUAAUUUAUAUUAUGACCAUUGAAAUAAUAAUUUUUACUGAUAAUGCGACCCUGUAUCAAUAAAACUACACAUGAAUGGCAUGGAUCUGAGAUAGUUCUUUGACAUACAGAGGCUCUCUUUUAAUAAAUGUUACGUCUGUUCAACAAUAGUGUGGAACUGAAAAAAAAUGGUUGAGAAUAUAUGAGGUCCAGAAAUGGUACACUCGUUCUAUCAAAUAUUUUGCCACCAGACACAAUUCCUAUCAGUUCCUGAAGCAUGUAUCAAGAAAAAAAAUUGUGAUGUUAAAUUCCUACAUUGGUAUAUUUCCUCCCGCCUUUUAAAAUAGAGACAGAACUAGCAUGCUGCGCUGUGCCUUCAGAGAUUGUAUAUUUAAUCAAGAGAAAUGGUGGUAUUCAUGAUACGAGGUCAUCCUUUCAAAUAUUGAUAUCGUAGUCUCUGCACAAUUGCCCCAAUUAGCACAGUGACCCUCCAAGACAUAGAAUGCCAAAAGAGCAAGGAGAUCAACUUUGUGGCACUCACACUCGAUUUUACUACUAGUAUCUCUUUUUUAUAAACUUAGUGUUGAAUAUAAACAGAUAGAUAUCUAUUUUUGUGUGCUUACAAUUGUACAAAGCUGAUAUCAUAAACAGAAAUUUGUUUACAAAAUAUAUGUAUAUAUUUAUUGAAGUAGACUUGUAUCAUCAUUGUAUACAUAAUUUAUUGGAAUGGUUGUAAUAAUCAUCUAGUUAUCUAGUCAGAUCAUUGAUAUGUAGAUGUAUAUUUGCAUUGUUCCUAUGGGUAUCAAGUAUUAUGGAACAUGUAGACCGUGCCUUGGGGACUUUAUAGAGAAUCAAUAGAAAAGGCAGAGAUAAUAUUUCUAAUAUUGAAGGGAAUUGCAUUAUUUUGGAAAUCAAAAUAUAUUUUAAGAAAUGUGCAGGUAAUGUUCAUACAGUUGCUGAUUUCAGCUGAGCUAAAGGUGAAAAGUCUCUCCCAAAGUACUUUGCUAAUUGCCAGUUUUUCUAAUCAUAGUUCUUCAUGUGAUGUUAAGUCUCAUCCAAAAUUUCUUUGACUACCAAUUUAUCAAAUAACCAUUCAAACACUUUGCACUUUUUAUGUUUAAAAAAUGAAUUAGUUGAGCUGUUCUAUAAAGAGGAAUUCAGAGUGACACAUUUACUCGGAUCUAAUAUAUGAGGGCAUAGGUUUAGCGUUGUUCAGAUCAAGGAUUAGGGUUUAUUUUGUUUUGGAGGUUAGCUUUUAUGUUCGCUUAACAUGCAGAUUUUCUAUCAGAACAUUUGUCACUGGAGCAAAUGUUAUAGAACCGUCUUCAGAGGAAGUGAAAUAAAUGAAAUUAUAUUAAAAACGCAUGGCAGACUUUAUAGAUUUGAAAAAGUCUUCCCUAUGGAAGAAUGUUGAGAUAUUAGCAGAGGAGAUGAAAUCAAUAACGGUAUGAACAUGACCGGGUAGAAUGAAGGGUGAUGAAAAUGGUUUUAUCUCAGGAACUGGCUCAUUUGAGAGGCAUAUGAACAGCAUCAGCAGAACAUUUAAUGUUAUCUAUGGUGUAUAAUUCUAAUUAUACUGCAUGGAAAUAAAGGCAAAGAAAUGAUCAAGGGACCUCCUCCAUAAAAGUAACUUAUUAUCUAAACUGUACCACCUAAUGGUGAAUGUCAUGAAAUCUAGACUCUGAUUGGCCGUUUGGCAUUGCAACCAAAGUAGUCACCAGUUGAUGUCAUAGUUACCAUAUCAGGAAACUUUAUGCACUGGGACCCUGAUAUGGACCUUGUUGUAUAAACGUGUCAUUGAUUUGAAGCUUUAUAUGAUAGUGUUGAACUGUUGAUCAAUAUUUGAACCAAUCAAAUUUCCUUUGAAUGCAAUUCAUGGUUACUUUUUAGCAAUGAUAAGCAAAUUUUCAUACAAGAGAUUCGUACAGCCCAUUUUACAGAAUUUGUUUUCAAGAUUUUUUCUUGGCCAAUUAGAUUGCAGGGUUUCAGUGAUGCAUAAUGAAGUGCUUGUGAUUUACCAUUGGCAACAAGUUUUCUGAAACAGUGCAGUGGUAUUAAGUUAUAUUAAGUGGGUGCGUCGUGGUCUAGUGGUUCUGACUCUUAGUGGAGCGGUUAUGUGACAAAAAAUGGCCAAGAUGCUCGGAUCUGGCAGAAAGUGUGAAAUUUGGUAUACAGGGGUAUUUUUGGGCGCUGAUUUCAAAAAUUGCCGGCCCCAAGCGAUUUGACCAUCGGGUCGGCCGCCAUUUUGAAAUCCAAGAUGGCCACCAUGAAAAAUCAUUAAAUGUCAUUUUUUUUUUUUUUACAUGGCAUGUGACACUGAAAUUUGGCAUAUAGGGGUAUUAUGAGGCACUGAUUUCAAAUAUUGCCAGCCCCCAGCAAUUUGACCAUUUGGUCGGCGGCAAAAUGGCCGCCAUCUUGAAAUCCAAGAUGGCCGCCAUGAUAUAUUAUUGCAAUCAUUUUCUCGAGUUUUAUAUGAACUGCGGUAUUGAAAUUUGGCAUAUAGGCUUAAUUUGGGGUGCCGAUUUCAAAUAUUGCCGGCCCCAAGUGAUUUGACCAUCGGGUCGGCCGCCAUUUUGAAAUCCAAGAUGGCCGCCAUGAGAAAUCAUUAAUGUCAUUUUCUU